UAAAUACUAUUAUAGUAGGGCACCCAUUUCUAUUGCUUAACAUUUGAUUAUGGAUCCAAUUUCGAAUCCAGUGAUUGCGAAAAAACAAUCAUAUGAUGUUGUACUUUCAAAGUUGGAAGGUGAACGCGCCGAUUUAAACAAUCCAGUUGCAGCUCUCGCUUCUAAGUUGGAAGGUGAACGCGCCGAUUUAAACAAUCCAGUUGCAGCUCCCGCUUCUAAGGAUGAUGGUGAUAAAUCUGUUGAGAUAAUCAGUUACGGUCACAUGUUCAGCCCGUACAAAUCUCAUCUUCAACGUGAAUUUACUGAAGAGGAUCGAACAUAUGAAGCUCAAAGGAAGAGAUACAAGAGGCUCUCAGAAUGAAAAUGGAGUCAAGUUAUCAAUUUAGAUGAUUCUGAAGAAGAUGACAAAGAAGAAGAACUAGAAGACACAGCCGAUUCAAGCGCAAAGAAGAAAACCGAAUUAAAAAUUCCUCAAGUGUCAAUUUAGAAGAGGAAUAGAUUUCAUUCAGCAUAAUAUGAAAUCUUUCAAGUGCUUUUAUUUUUUAUUUUUUUCAUUUUUAGUUAUGUUUGAUCUAGACAAUUUCA